AUGGAUCCAAAAUUCAACUGGAUCGUAAAGUCACCUGAUGAUAUUGAAGUCGCUGAAAUUUUGGUAUGGCUGAAGACAAAACCUGUAACCGAUGCUGAGGCUAUUUGGAUUGAGGAAACACGCCAGAGACAGGAAGUCUCGAUAUCUGAUGAUGAAUCUGAUACAGUCAGCUCUCAAGACACAAUCAGCUGUCAAGACACGAUCUCCUAUCGAUCACCUACACCAGAGCCUAUUUCAUCAAAGGCUACCAAGCUACUCUCGCCACCUAUAACACCUACCGAAUCAGCCGACUCAGAAAUCGGCUCUAGUCAAGGAGCUACCUCACAACCACUCGGGUACAAUGUUGCGAAAGGGAAGCGAAGAGCCGAGGAUGUCAACAGUACCACCGCUGGACCCCCCGCCAAAAAGCCCCGCCAAAGAGCGGGGAGGAACUCUGCCAACAAGCAGAAAGCUCCCGCAGCCAAGACCCCAUUGACUACGGAAGAGAAAAAGGCGGCUAGAGUAGCCAAGGCUGAGGAAGACCGCCAGAUCUACCAGCGAAAAGAUUUCAAGCCUCGUGUCAGAAAAGACCUCGACAUCGAAUUGGAUGCAAUGGGCGUUCCACUACCAGCCGAGGGAGUCCCAGCCGAAUUGGCCGCCGUGGAGAAAAAGCCCCGCGCUCCCCGAACCAAGCCAAAUCAAGCAUAA